GAAGUGUCCCAAAAAUAGUUAAAACCAUAUGACAAAAUGUCAAAAAAUGCAUGACCCUGACUUCAGAUGUCUACAAAAAUGUAUACAGAAACUAUGAAAAUAAAUAAAAUAUAAAAUGAACUUACAAACAUUGUUUCAAGAUUUUAAUCCAAGCAAGUUCGUUGUACACACUUGUCUUUUAGUGUUUACAAUUCUAUUUUCAUUAAAAUUAGAUAACUACGUAUCCUGGUCAUUCUGGACCGUUUUUACACCGAUUUGGGUGUGGAAAGUUUUAGUUAUAACUGGAGCGACUGUAGGGAGCUAUGUCUGGUGGAGAUAUCCACAUUUCAGAUUAGAAGGUGAAGCUUAUAUUCAUUAUAAGUCAAUGUUAAUAUCUCUAGCAUUGCACUUGAUAUUAUUGAUGUUUGAGCUGUUAGUAUGUGACAAACUUGAGUCAUCAAGACAUUUGUGGAUUUUGGUAUUUAUUCCUUUAAUUUUUAUAUCAAUUGUUAGUAUAGCAGUCUGUAUAUGGGCCGUGAAGCACGACAGAUCAUUCGAACUCGAACUAUUUUGUGCUGUCAAUGUAUUACAAUUUAUCUUUCUUGCCUUAAGAUUGGAUGGGUUUAUAUCGUGGUCUUGGGAGGUCGUUUUUGUUCCAUUGUGGAUUGUUAUGUGUCUUUCUCUGGUUGGGGUUUUAUACACCAUAAUAUUCGCUGCCAUUUUAUUAAGAACUCCGGAAGUUAGUGCCCAACAAAGAAGAAGCAGUGUUCAUUCUGCUGUGGGUUACACUUUUUUGGUGAUACCAAUUCUAGUUUUUCAGGUUUUGUUAGCAGACAAACUAGAUGAUGAUAUUCGUUUAUCUUAUACAGCAGUUGUUAGCCCCCUUUUCAUAUCUUUUAUUACACUUAUAUUAAUGUCUUUCAGUGCCAAAGGUGGAAAUAAAUGGUGGUUUGGCAUGCGGAAAGAUUUUUGUUCCUUUGUAUUAGGUGCUUGUCCGUUACUACAAGAAUACGCUAAUAUAGCUUAUCACAGCGAGCGACGCACAAACGGCGUAGAAUUGGAAUCUCAACCGGACUUUAAGGAAAAAAUUGUGAAAAGGGCCGAUUUGAUGAAACCAAUUGUACCAAUUAUUUCUAUAGAGAUACCAGACUGAAUUAAUGUAAUUUUAUUAUAGGAUAUUAUUAAAAUAUGCUCGUUUGAAAUACGAGGAAUAUGAAGAGGUGAGAUGAUCUUAUGAGUGGAUUCACUCGUAAAAAGUCUUCUUCUCUCGAUAUUUAUAUUUUAAAUUUCAUCAUGUACAAACAUUUUUAAAUAUAUAUUAUUUUUAGGUUAUUUAUAUUAGAUUACAAAUUUGGGUCGAGUAACUCGAUCAUAUUUUGAUUUUUUUUAUAUACAGUAUCUGCUUGGUAUAAUAACAUAUUAUCAUUUCUGCCAAUUUUUAAACGAACAAAAAAUUUCUUUAUUCUAUAUGUGGUAGUUUGAGGUUAUGUUUCGAAACUUUUUUCUGUGAAAUUGAAUUGAACAAAGAAAAUAUCAAUUUUUAUUCAAAAAAACGAAUUUAUUUAAUUUUUGGGAUGCCCUUGUAACAGAUCAUAGUACAAAGGUGUGGGCGGACGUUGAAGCCGUUGAGCACAUAGGCCUUCAGACAGGCCCGUCAUGCCCUGCUUGAUGAUCAGGCGCCUUGGCUUGAACCCUUUGAUGCUAUUAGGCAGGUUGUGGAGUUUGCCCAGGUGUUUAAACCGCAGGGCACUCACAGAUAACGUGGUCUGCAAUUUCGUCCUCCUCCAUGCACCAGCGGCACUCUGGAUCAUCCGUGAUGCCCAUGGUGUAAAGGUGACGUCUUAGACAGCAGUGUCCGGUCACUAGUCUGAUUUCGCGCCUAUUUAGCUGGAGCAGUUGUUUGGUGAGAGACGAACGACGGGGUCUGUUGAGAGACGCGAUGACAGCGCUUUUGGCCACACCAAGAAGGGGUUCUGGGCCCAUUGGUGGGUUCGCCGAACCCAGUCUGGCGAGUGAAUCCGCUUCGUCGUUGCCUUUGUUAUACCCUUAUAAUAUAAUUUUUAUUAUUUAAAACAAUGGUCAUGAUGUUUGGGCAUAAAUAAUGACACUUUAUAUCGAAUAAUAUAUAUAUAUAUAUAUAUAUAUAUAUAUAUAUAUAUAUAUAUAUAUAUAUAUAUAUAUAUAUACAAUGUGCAGACAUUUUAGGCGGCCCAUAGCCUAAGAUCAAUAUCAUUGGUGCAUAAUUGUUUUAUUAGUAAUUAUUAUGUUAUUAAUUACAUCGACGAUAUAAAUUAAUCGAAGUGAAGGAAAUGCAAUAAAAACUAAAGUGAUAUAGUACAAAUGAUUUCAAUUAAUAGAUUGUUUGAACUGAGGAAUUUUUGGAUUUAUAUGUUGGAUAAAACUCAACAAAACUGCAUUUUUACAAAAAAAAAUAGUUUGAAUUUCAGUGGGAAAUGAGAAAAACUAUUAUAUGAAUUGGACAUUACCCACCUGCUACUUUCCAUUACUGUCUAAACAUUGAUUUCAAGUAACCUGAUGUAGAGCAUAAAAAGAAGGGAAUAACCAACAUCUUCCAGUAGAAGUUGUUUUAACUAAGGAAUUUUUCAAUUUGGAAUGUUGAUAAACAUUAACGAAACUGCCUUUUUGAGAAAAAAAAAUAGUUUUUACUUCCAGUACCAAAUAAGAAAGUUUGUUUUUUGAAUUGGGCGUAACUACCCUUGUCUUCCCUAUUUUCCAGACAUUUAUAUGAACGGCCUAGUAGAAAUUGUUUUAACUUGAUUGCCUAUAGAUUUCAACAAAACUGCCUUAUUGAUAAAUAAAUUCAAUAAAAAACAAUUUUGGUACACGUUAUGGCCUCAUCUAUUCUGAAAUAAUGAAUUAACCCGCUGCGGUAUUGAAAAAAUUGAAUUAAUUAGCUGUCGUAGAGUAGUGUUUAAUUCUUCUUUAACCGCUAUAAUCAGCUCCUAAUGAGUGGGUUAGGUCUUCCAAGUAUUAUUCUUCCACCAGUGCUCAAUCUGAUUCAUAUUCGUUGAGUUUGCUGACCAAUCUCUAGUCUUUGCACAGUUACUUUCUCCAACAAAUAAAAUAUUAUUAUUAUCAAAUAAAUUACAGUUUAUAUGGGACAUAAAAAAGGUAAGUUUCACCAAAUUUCGUGAUAAAAAAUUAUUUCUUUGUAAAAGAUAAAAGUUAAAAACCAAAAACUUGGUUUUUUUGAAUUUUCUACAUAAAUUUUGAGGUUAUGUGAAAAAAGUGGAAAUAAGAAAGUUGUAGAUCUUUUUGUCACCUACAACUUUAUUCCAUAAGUCUUGUUUUUCCGCCCAAAAUCGAGAUAAAUCGUUUUUUAUCUUUAAAAACUCACCCCUUCAACCCUGCCUACUCGAGCUUGGACGAUCUCCAUUUUGUCAUGCUAAUUAUAUAAUUUAUAUAGUUAUUAAUUGUUUUUAAAAAUUGUGCCAAUCUAUUAAGUUUACAUAAGAUUUUUGAGUAUUUUGUACUUAUUUCAGUGUUCGUAAUAAAAUAAUUGUUUCAG